GGGGGCUGGCGGCCGCUGCAGGAGCCUGGUCCCCGCCGAGGGAGCUGCGGGGCCGGCGGGGAGCGGCGGGCAGGGCAUGCCAUCCGCCUCGCCCCCAUGUUUCACUGGGGAAAGUGGAAGAAGAGGAUGGGAGCGAGCGCCUCCUCCUCCAAGAGACCCGUCUUCGACGAAAGGGAGGACGUGAACUUUGACCACUUCCAGAUUCUCCGGGCGAUUGGGAAGGGAAGCUUUGGCAAGGUGUGCAUUGUGCAGAAGAGAGACACGGAGAAGAUGUAUGCCAUGAAGUACAUGAACAAGCAGCAGUGCAUCGAGAGGGACGAGGUGCGCAACGUGUUCAGGGAGCUGGAAAUCCUGCAGGAGAUUGAGCACGUCUUCCUGGUCAACCUCUGGUACUCCUUCCAGGACGAGGAGGACAUGUUCAUGGUGGUGGACUUGCUUCUGGGUGGCGACCUGCGCUACCAUCUGCAGCAAAACGUUCAGUUCACGGAAGAAACGGUCAAGCUGUACAUCUGUGAGAUGGCCCUGGCUCUCGACUACCUCCGGAGCCAGCACAUCAUCCACAGAGAUGUAAAACCAGACAACAUCCUCCUCGACGAGCAAGGUCAUGCACAUUUGACAGAUUUUAAUAUUGCAACAAUAAUUAGGGAUGGUGAGAGAGCAACUGCAUUAGCUGGAACAAAGCCAUACAUGGCCCCAGAGAUUUUCCACUCCUUCCUGAACGGCGGGACGGGCUACUCCUUUGAGGUUGACUGGUGGUCGUUGGGCAUCAUGGCUUACGAGCUGCUGCGAGGCUGGAGGCCAUAUGACAUCCACUCCAGCAACCCUGUGGAGUCGUUGGUUCAGCUCUUCAGCACUGUCAGCGUUCAGUACUCGUCUGCGUGGUCGAAAGAGAUGGUUGCUCUGUUAAGAAAGCUGCUGACGGUGAACCCCGAGCAUCGCUUUUCCUGCCUGGCUGAUGUGCAGACCUCAGCCUACCUGUCUGGUGUGGUCUGGAGCGACGUCUGCGGGAAGCGGGUGGAGCCAGGCUUCGUCCCCAAUAAGGGCCGCCUGCACUGUGACCCCACCUUCGAGCUGGAGGAGAUGAUCCUGGAGUCCAGGCCCUUGCACAAGAAGAAGAAGAGGCUUGCGAAGAACAAGUCAAGGGAUAACAGCAAGGACAGCUCACAGUCUGAAAAUGACUAUCUUCAAGAAUGCCUUGAAGCUCUCCAGCAAGACUUUGUCAUCUUUAACAGAGAGAAGCUAAAGAAGAGGCAGGAGCAGACGAGCGAGUCCGUGUGUCCCGCCGAGACCGCCGACGAAGCUGAGGCGGAGGCCGAGGCCUCCAACUUGAACAUGUGCAGCUCGGUCUGCUCGGCGGGCAGCAGCUAGGCUGCACCCCGGGGCCAGGCUGGCCGGCCCGCGCCCGUCACCCCUUCUCAGGCCGUGCUGAGACCACAGGCCGUGCCCCCCGCGCCGCCGGGCAGCGCCCAGCGGGGCCCGCGCGGCCGGAGCAGAACGUGGCUCCUCCAGAACUGCUUUCCUGGCGCCGGCGCGUGGCCGCCCGGCAGCCCGGCUGCCUCUCGCGGGUCAAGGGACUGGCUGUGCAACUUGUCGGAGGGGGCGGAUCGGCUUCUGCACUUGCUCUUCUGUCACGCCGGGCUGCGGAUCCGCGCGUGUCUUUAGCAGGGUGAGAUGGCAAGAAAAGAGGCGGCGUCCUUGCGUACGGCACGGGAGGACGCGGAGCAGGAGCGGCCAGGGGGGAAGGCUGGUGCGGGGCACUGAAUAGGUGGCUUGAAUUUUACUCGGGCGUUCCCUGUCCGUGCAGGCUGCCUCAGGGACGGGCAGCCCUUGGGCGACCAGAGCAGCCCCAGGUCCUGCCCAGCCUGCGGUGGCAGCACCGGCCUCCUCUCAGUCCUGCAGCGUUAAGGACUUCCCCAGCACGUCCUUGUCCUCUCUUCACCUGUCAGUGUUCCUGUCCCAACUCGGGGCAAAUAAAUGGGUUUUCGUGCACUCCAUGGGUUCUUCUGGGCUGGGUAAUGAUUAAACAUGUCGUUGAGAUGCAGAGAUGUAUUUGAAGUAUUUGCUGUCCUCAGGUAGCUGCUGCGUGUGGCAGGAGCUGUGGAGCAGGCCGAGGGUUUGGGUCUGUGUCCCCAGGUGAUCAGAGGCUCAGAUUUAUUGGAGGCAAAGUGGGUGGGUGGCCUGGCAGUGCUGCUCAGCUCUGAAAGUGGGAAAUAACUCAUUUCACACCUUUGGCUUUCUUUAUUUUCAGUGUGAAGUAGAAGUGCUGUAUAUAAUUUACCCAUACCUGGUUGAACUUCUCAGUAAGACAGGAGCUCUCUGUAACUGUUCCCAGCUGUGGUCAUCACCUUUCCUCUGGCUUCUGAAGCCUUUGCUGCAUCAGUUGCUUAAUCUGCUGCAGUGGCUUUUGGUUCCUGUUGCUAAAAAUGAGCUGUGGGUCCUGCUGGGCAUAGGGCAGGUGUGGGUCACAGGGGUUUCCUUAGAGCUGCAGUCACUUUCCAGCUGCCAACACCUGUUUGCUGCAGGACAUCAGGAGAUGCAGGGGUCAGAUCCUGGCUGUGGAUCCGUGAUGCAAAAUGGAUAGAGAAUCUUUUCAACAGGUGCAGACUCUUUCAGGAGAAAUUUUGCCAUGUUUUUGGUUUCCACAAAUGAAAUAGGACACUGUAACUGGCAUGAAGCAAUUUUAUAUGAAAAGUGACAUGACGGGUUUAUUGUCCACAGUUGUACGUGGAAGUUAGUGCAUGGCUAGAAUGCCGCAGAGCCAGAUUUUCUCAGGAGUCUUCAGAAGGCACGUUGAGAUGUGUGGGCACAGCUUGUGCGGGGCAGGGGGCAGCCCAGGGCUCUGACAUGGUUAUUGAUAGGACAGGGCUGGGUAACUGCUGUGGGACACGUGGUCCCUCAGGAUGGUGGGGCUCAGUGGGCUCAGCACCAGGAGCUGGGGACAGGCAGGUGACCUGCAGUGCUUUAAUCUCAGAUCAGAGCAGGCUGAUAACCCUGCUGCUGCGAGGGCCAGGACCCCCUUGGCCUGCCCCCACACUGGUGGGCUGAGUAGCAGAAUGAAGGUCAAAGCCAAGUAUUUAUUCAGGAAUUGCAAAUUAUGGAUUAUUUACUCCUCUGGUGUGGAUAGUUUUAUUUUUUUCAGUAAACAUCUUAUUUAUCAUCUUUCUGUUCAGACGAUCAGAAAGAUAAGUCACUUAUUUUGGGACCAAAUGUCUCAUCUAUGAGAUGCAGAUAGAUCCUAUUCAACCCAAAGCACUCUGGGGCCAGGACAUGUUGGCAGCUCAGUAGGACGUAUCUAAUCAGCCAUUUUCAUCACUUUGGGACAAGGAACAAAUGGCCCCUGAGGUCAAGGUUGCUGCAUAGGGAGGAGCCAGCUCAUGUCUGAAAUGGGUGUUUCUCACCCCAAACCCUUUCUGUGUUGACCAUUUGUGUUCCUUUUUCAGCACUGCUUUUCCUGGGUAAAGUGAGCAAAACAUCCUCAGCAGCACUUGGCAGGAUGCUGGGGAGCCAGCAAGUAAUUGCUCUUUCCCAGGAGAAAUAAUUUAGGGCAGAUUCUGGCUGCCUGGGAAGCACCGCUGAAAUCCAGCAAGGCAUCUCCUGGAGGUAACUGCUUUCUGCCUCCCUCUAUUUCUAAACCUUCAUCACUGAGAAAAGGGACAGGAGACAGACCUCCAGGAUCGCUGUGCUGAGAAGUAGAGACAACCUUGAGUACAACAGAACUAAGUACUUGUGAGUAUAACAGAACUCAGUGCUCCUUUUUGACCUUAAAUCAUGCACGGCAGGAACUUCCCUAGUGCCCAGUGGGGACCAGGUUUUAUUGAUGCGUGUUUGUGCCCAGAGCCUGGAGAAUACAUGGCAAGGAAAGAGUGACUGGAAAACAGAAAAAUUAUACGAGAUGGAUACAUGUUGGCUUUGUUGCCAGAAUCCUGGUGAUGGGUUUCCCUGCAGGGCCCUUCUGUCCCCUCGUGCUGCUGCUUCUGGGCCCCUUUUGUGUCGUGUCCCCAUUGCUGUGUCUGUGUCACCAUGUGUCAGGGCCACCUGCCCAGGUCCCUGCUGGGUGGCCUUGGGGGGCAGCUGGCUGGGGUGAGAGGGGCUGCUGGCAGGGAUUUGUCUCCCAAGGAUGGGUUCCUGUGGCUGGGGGGCUGUGGUGCCCCCCACACUGCUCCUCUCCUCGCUCUCCAUCCAUGCCUGAGGCAGCCCCAGAGGUGAGCAAAACUCACAGUGAAGUUGUGAAGUCCUCCUGACACCAAAACCCAACCUGCAGAGCUGGAAGCAGGUCAAUAGCAGCUCUGGUUUACAUCUCCACUAUAACCAGAAUACAAUAAUUUUAUGUACAUAAAUACUUAAAUACAUGUAUUUUUUGUAUGACAGAUUUAUACAGGGUGUGUCAUUACUCGCUGUGAAAAGUCUCCAUCACCUAUAAAUUAUUCUACUUAAAUUCCCUGCCAUAAGAUUGUUUUCUUAUCUCGGUUGUGUUAUGAAGUUCUGAAAAGUUGCAUAUUUUUAAGUGUUUUUGUUAAAUUCCACAGACUUCACUGGGAAUUUUGCUUAGGAAACAAAUGUCAGAUCAGGUCCUGAGGUUUCUUCUACCAAUUCUUUAUUACUCUAGAUCUUGCCAAAAAGAGAGUGAGAGUGAUAUAAUGAUAGCAAGAAGGCCAAUAAUAUGAACUUGCCGUUGGACAGUGUUGGAAUCCUGAUGCCUUGGUAGGGUGUUUUUUACAAUUAUGUCAGUGGAAAUACAUGUGAAGUAUAUCUUUGUACUUUAUGUUAAUACAUUUCUGUAAUUUUAUUGCAUGAAGAUUCUACCAUGUCACAGAAUAUUUAAGUUAUGACAAGUGUGUGUUUUUGCAGGUACUGCGAGAAGCCAUUGCCUGUGUGGAGUAAUAAAUGUGUAUUUUUAACAUUGCAA